AUGCACCAUGCGUCAGCAAUCUCGUGGCCAUUGCCUCUCCAAGGCAUGCACAGCAAGGGUCGCAAGCAUCGUGUCUUGGCUGCAUUUUUCGUGGCCGGACUGGAUCCAAACUUCCUUCAAAGUCUGCAACCACAACAACCAGCAAAGUGCAAGAAGAUCAUGAAUGAUGCGUACUUCUGUGCCAAGCCGCCAGACUACUCCUCGCGGCCGAAAUCGGAGCUGCAGCGCCCGGCAGCCCGCGCCUUUGCAGAGCAGGUCGGGCUGGUCGGGGAGUUCUCGAAGCAGAGCAUCUUCUAUCUUAAGGAGGCGGCACAGCUGAUCGAUCGGGCGCAUCAUCGACUUGAUGGGCUCCAGUACACCCUCGACAAGGCAGACAAGGAUUUGGGCCGAUUCUAUUGUGACGAGCGCCAGUCUCUGCGCAUGACCAUUGCCUGCAUUCCAGACCUGUUCAUGCAAAGGUGUGGUGACUGCAGCAUGGAAGCUUACCAGGAGGCCUCUCGCGCUCGGCUUCUGCUUCCGGAGCUGCAGGUCCUGGCCUCGAUCACGGAGCUGGAUUUGACGGGCCGCUCCUUGCGAGAUGCUGGGGCCAGGCUGGUGGCGGAUGCUCUUAAGGGUUGCACCUCGCUGAGAAGCUUAAGCCUCCGCUGGAACGGCAUCCGAGAGGAGGGAGCAGCCGCACUUGCAACUGCCGUUCAGUGCAGCAGCCUGAGAUGCCUGGACGUCUUCUGCAACUCCUUCGGCGAUCGGGGAGCUGUGGCGACGGCCGCGAUGCUGCCCCGGAACGCCACGCUGCAGAAGCUGGACCUGGGCUGGAACUCCAUCGGCGACCCCGGUGCAGCCGUCUUGGCUGCUGCGCUGAAGCAGAACACGGCUCUCAUCGACCUGGGGCUGGAGCAGAACGCCAUCACGGCUGCAACGGCUCUCGCGGAGGCCCUGGUCUCGAAGAACAGCUGCAUACGGCUGGCCGGCAACCCGUUGGAGGAGGACAGCAUCCAGGUCCUGGAGCGAUUGGUUGAGAGUGGUCAGCUGGGAAGUUUGGAUCUCUGCACCGUGGCCUUCAGCGAUCGUGCCUCACUGAGCAGUGAGCUGGCAGAGGCUGAGCGAGCAGCCCGAGUCCGCGAAGCGCAGGCUCAAGAUCUUGCCGCCUAG